AAAAAAAAAAAAAAAAAAAAAAAAAAAAAAAGCAAUAACAACAGUAAUAGCUCCAUCGCAUUCUCAUCUCAGUUCACAUCAUUCUGUCAUCAUGUCCUUCUCUGCGCGCCCAGUCGACAGAGAGAAAGCAGAGUCUGAACUCGUCCUUCAUAUUAAGAAGGCUACUAACCCUGAUGAAACUGCACCCAAGCAAAAGCAUGUUCGAGCCUGUAUUGUCUAUACCUGGGAUUAUCGCUCAUCAACCUCGGUGUGGCAUGCCUUCCGCACCCAGCCCAUGCUGGGUGAUGAGGUGCAGACGUUCAAGGCCCUCAUAUCCGCUCACAAGAUUAUCCGCGAUGGACACCCUGUAACAUUGAAAGACGCUCAAAAAGAGGCUGACUGGCUGGACCAGUGUGCCCGCUCCACCGCGCAGUACGACGGACGAGGCUACAGUACUUUGAUUCGUAAUUAUGUCGAUUUUUUGCACUCCAAGCUGCGGUACCACGCCAAUCACCCCGAAUUCAAUGGCACCUUUGAUUAUAAGGAGUAUAUCUCGCUUAGAGGUAUCGAUGACCCAAAUGAAGGAUACGAAACCAUUACGGACCUGAUGAACUUGCAGGAUCAGAUUGAUCAGUUCCAAAAACUUGUCUUUGCCAACUUCCGACCUUCGUCCAACAACGAGUGCAGGAUUGCUGCUCUGGUUCCAUUAGUGGAAGAGAGUUAUGCUAUUUACAAAUUUGCAACCAGCAUGCUGCGUGCUAUGCAUAAGCGAACCAGCGACCCUGAAGGACUUGUGCUUUUGAGACAGCGCUUCAAUGCACAACAUUAUGCAUUGAUCAAGUUCUACUAUGAGUGCUCCAAUCUCAAGUAUUUGACCAGUUUGAUCAGCGUUCCUAGAUUGCCCCAGGACCCACCCAAUUUGCUCGGAUCUGACUCUCCCCCAAUGACUCCUCAACGUAAACCUGUUGUUAAGGAAACGCCACCCCAAACUCCCGAUCCUGAUUGGGCAGCUCAGCAGCGCGAAAUUGCAAAGAAGCAACGCGAAUAUGAACUGGAACAGAAUCGACUUCAACAGCAGCGCGAGCUAGAAGAGCAGCAACGACGGAUGGAGGCUUUGCGUCUGCAGCAGAAUUUCGAGGAACAGCAGCGCCAACAAAUGGAGCGAGAGCGUCUUCAACGCGAACAGUUAGCAAGAGAACAAAUGCAACGUCAGGCUGAAGGUAGACUCGCAGAAUUGGAGAGAGACGUUCUUGCGCUUCGUGGACAGUAUGAGCGUGAUCAAAUGCUCAUCAACCAAUAUGACCAAAGGGUUAAGGGAUUAGAGAAUGAGAUGCAACUGAUCAAUAUGAAUGCUCAACAGCAACUUGCCUCCAAGGAUUCUAUGAUCCAAAAUAUUCAAGAACAAAUCAAUAUUUGGAAAUCCAAGUAUGAAGCUCUUGCCAAACUUUACUCCCAGCUUCGUCAAGAGCAUCUGGAUUUAUUAACGAAAUUCAAGACAGUUCAACUCAAGGCUAACUCAGCCCAGGAAGCUGUCGACAAAAUGGAGAAGAUGCAGAAAGAAAUCAAGGACAAGAAUUUGCAGAUGGCAGAUAUGGUCCGAGAACGUGAUCGUGCCAAGAACGAAUUAUUGAGAUGGCAGAAUACUCAGAAUGAUGAGAUUGCGAGAUUGAAGCGUGAUCUAGAGAUGGCAAACGGACGUGUCGAAGAUUUGGGACGAUCAAAGAGCUCGGAAGUUGGUGCUAUGGUGGCCAAGUUUAACCGGGAGAAGCAGGACCUGGAGGAUCUGGCCAACCGCCGACAACGUGAAAUUGAUUCACUUGUUCGUCAAGUGGAGGAUCAGAAGGCAGAGAUUGAACGCAUGCAAAUUGAGAAUGAUGAGGAGAAGGCUGUUCUGGAGAGCGGCUUGGACGAAACUCUUCUUGAAUUAGCGACGUUGAAGGACUCGCAGGGUGAACAAGCAUCUGCUCUUCAAGCCCGCAUUGACAGCAUGACAAGCGCCCAGAAGCGCAAGUUGCAGCAGAUUCUUGAUUCUAUUUUGGAGACAUGCAUUAGUAAGGUCGAGGAAAGCAUCUACAAUCUUGAGACACCUACACAACCGGGCAACCAACACGCUACACCUGAAUUCACACUGUCUAUGAUUGAAAAAGCCCAAACUGCAUCCACAGAAUUUGAGCUUGCAUUAAUGCAAUACCUGCGUACAGCAUCUACAAACGAUGUGAACCAGAUCGAAGCUAUUCGAGCUGCCCUUCAGCUCUCCCAAACGCUAGCAGAAGUGAUGGACAAUUCCAAGGGCAUUACACGACUGGCCAAGAAAGAUGAUGAUGCGGAGGAAAUUGUACGCCAGGCAAGGUCCUCUGCUCAGGCAACUCAAGAAUUCUUUACAAACGUGAUGUCAUCUCAUUUAGGUGGUUUGAGUCCUGAGCGAUCGAUCACGACUAUCACAAGGUCCAAUGAGAAUGUGCAAGCGGUCUUGGAGCGCUUGGCCAAGGCUGCUGAGAAUUUGAUACCCAAGAACAGUCAACUGGAUUCCUCUAGAUUGGAUCUGGGUGAUAUGGUUGAGAUGGAAAUGGGUAAUGCUGCCAGAACAAUCGAGGAGGCUACAGCCCGCCUUCAGGCAUUGAUGGCUAAGCCCAAGAAUGAUGGUCUGUCCACGAUUGAACUGCAAGUUAAUGCCUCAAUUUUGGAGAGUGCGAUGGCGAUGAUGCAGGCGAUUGGACACCUUAUUAAAUGUGCAACGAUCUCGCAGCAGGAAAUCGUGGCUCAGGGCAGAGGCACCUCCACGAAUGCAGCCUUUUACAAGAAGAAUAACCGCUGGACUGAAGGCCUGAUAUCUGCAGCUAAAGCAGUGGCUAUGGCGACCACACUACUGGUUGAGACAGCAGAUGGCGUAAUCUCCAAAACACAUUCAAUGGAACAAUUGCUGGUGGCGUCGAACGAAGUUGCAGCUGCAACGGCUCAGUUAGUGGCAGCAUCACGUGUGAAGGCAAACUUUAUGUCCAAAGCCCAGGACAACCUGGAGCGUGCAUCUAAGGCUGUGACAGAAGCCUCGCGAGCAUUGGUGAGAGCUGUGAAGGCUAUUAUGGAGCGUGAGAUGAAGCAGCGGGAACAGGAGGUAGAUUAUCAAAACAUGAAUGCACAUGAAUUCAAGAUUAAGGAGAUGACACAACAAGUCGAGAUUCUGAAGUUAGAGAAGGAGUUGACCUUGGCGAGACGUGUUCUUGGCGAGAUGCGCAAGGUUUCAUACCAUCAAAGCGAUGACUAAAAAAAAGUUAUGCUUUUUUUUUUUGUCACUAAUUCUAAAGAACUUGGUAAUCAAAACAGAAUAAUAAAAAUCAAAAAGGGA